CAUACCCAAAUCAUUGGGUUCCAUACUUUAUAAUUAUAAUUAUACUUUAUAAUUAUAAAGUAUGAAUUAUACUUUAUAAAACUAUAAUUCACUUAUACAAGUAAAUGUGGAAUUAUAAUUCAGUGUCUAAAGAAACACAGAAGUGCUGCGCUUCUAUAGAUUCCUAUCUCUAUGGUCGUCCCAUAAUACAGUAGAGUCUCACUUAUCCAACAUAAACGGGCCGGCAGAAUGUUGGAUAAGAGAAUAUGUUGGAUAAUAAGGAGGCAUUAAGGAAAAGCCUAUUAAACAUCAAAUUAGGUUAUGAUUUUACAAAUUAAGCACCAAAGCAUCAUGUUAGACAACAAAUUUGGCAGAAAAAGUAGUUCAAUACACAGCAAUGCUAUGUAGUAAUUACUGUAUUUAUGAAUUUAGCACCAAAAUAUCACGAUAUAUUGAAAAUAUUGACUACAAAAAUGCGUUGGAUAAUCCAGAACGUUGGAUAAGCGAGUGUUGGAUAAGUGAAACUCUACUGUAUAAACAAUAAAAAGUCAUAUGGAAACCAGAAGUCGAUAUGGCGGUGCCGUGUCUAUUUAAUCCUAACUCUUUGGCCUGGAGAGUGGGCGGGGCCGAGGAAGACGUCACGACCCGCCUCCUUUUUUUUUCCAGGUUCUGUCUAGGCUUCCGGAGCGGCGUUCUCUAUGGCGAGGGAAAGAGAGAAGGGGGUGGUCGGCCUAGAGCGCCUCCGGAAGCGGAAGCUUCGUUCUUGUUUCCUUUUUCCGGCCGAGGAUGUGAGGCGCGGCGGCGACGCGGAAAGGAAGGGAAAAGAGAGCGAGAUGGGCGACGACAUGGACGUGAUUCCCGAGCGGGAAAUGAAGGACUUCCAGUUCCGGGCCCUGAAGAAAGUGCGGCUCUUCGAAGCCCCCGAGGAGCUGCCCAAGGAGCGCUCCAGCCUCCUCGCCAUCUCCAACAAAUACGGCCUGGUCUUUGCUGGAUGUGCGGCCGGGCUGCAGGUCUUCCAGACGAGGAACCUCCUGAUGCAGAUCCAGAUUGGGGAUUCGCCCAACAAAAUAGUUGAGAACGUCCAGGGCCUGUUUGUCCCCACCAAGUUCCGCGUCCAUCACUUGGCCCUGAGCUGCGACAACCUGACCCUCUCGGUCUGCAUGGCCUCCAACGAGGUCGGCUCCUUCAUCGGCUUUUUCGACGUCCGCACCUUUGUGAACCAGGCCAAGCCGCAGAAGCGUCCCUUUGCCUACCAGAAGAUGCCGGCGGCCCUGGUCAGCGACCUGAAGUGGAACCCCGUGAACGCCGCCAUGCUGGCCGUCUGCCUGUCCGACGGGAGCGUCUCCGUCCUGCAGGUGACCGAUUCGGUCAAGGUGUUUGCCACGCUCCCCGCCUCCGUGGCCGUCACGUCAGUGUGUUGGAGCCCCAAAGGGAAGCAGCUGGCGGUGGGCAAACAGAACGGCACCGUGGUCCAGUAUCUGCCGAACCUUCAGGAGAAAAAAAUCAUCCCUUGCCCUCCGUUCUAUGAUUCGGAUAAUCCUGUCAAAGUCCUGGACGUCUUGUGGAUCGGGACUUACGUCUUCACCAUCGUCUAUGCUGCCGCGGAUGGGACCUUGGAGACGUCUCCCGAAGUGGUGAUGGCCGUGUUGCCGAAAAAGGAGGAGAAAAGGCCGGAGCUGUUUGUGAAUUUCAUGGAGCCCUGUUACGGGAGCUGCACAGAGAGGCAGCAUCACUACUUCCUGAACUACGUCGAAGAGUGGGAUCUGGUUCUGGCCGCUUCGGCGGCUUCCACGGAAGUCAGCAUCCUCGCGAGGCAAGGCGACCAGAACAACUGGGAGCUGUGGGUCCUGGAAGACUCCAGCCGAGCCGAGCUGCCCGUGACGGACAAGAGCGACGACACGCUGCCCAUCGGACUGGCCAUCGAUUACACCAGCAACAGCCCCAUCGUCAUCAGUGAGGAGAAGUCUGUGGAUCCGGCCCCGGUCCUGUUGCUCCUCUCGACAGAUGGGGUGCUGUGUCCCUUCUAUAUGGUCAACCAAAACCCCGGGGUCCGGACCCUCCUCGUGACGCCGGAGCCUCUGUCGGCAGAAGGGGAGCGAGGAGCAAAGGCGGCUGGGAGCACUCCACCUUCCUCUGCCCCUCCGAGGAUGGAUCCAACGCCUCCUCUUCCUGCUCCCGCCGCCACCGCCUUCUCGUUUGCGACCUCCACUUUGAAAGCCCCGCCGGGGUCAGCCGAGGCCCCCGGCCCCCCUCCCUUUGCUCCGGACGCCUCCAAGUCCCUGAGCGGAGCCUCGGGGUUCGCCUUCUCCCCCGCGCCCCCCAAGGCCCCCCCGACUCCGGCCCCUUUGGCUGCCGCCACUCCGCCUCCCGCCUCCUCGUUCUCCUUUGGAUCCAUGAGCUUCAAAACGAGCGCGGACAGCCCUUCCGGCCCCCUGCCCGCCUCAACGCCCCUCGGGCCGAAGCAGAGUUUCACCCCCUCAACAGCGUCUGUCAAAGUCAACCUCAGCGAGAAGUUCACAGCUGCAGACUCGUCGUCUCCCGCAGCCACCGCCACGAGCAUGAAUAGCCCAAGCCCUGCUGCUGCCGCCACCGCCUUCUUUUCUCCGGCCGUGAAGCUUGUGCCUGCAGGACCCCAAAGCCAGGCCGCCGCCGUGCGCUUUUCUCCGCCUUCCGCACCUAUGAAAAGCUCCACCCCGGCACCUUCCCCAGUGGUGCGUCCCCCCCAGAGCGCCUCCCCAGCACCCGGUCUUCAGAAAACCGCCAAAAUUCCCCCUUCUGUGUCGAAAGCAGGCCCUUCCCAGGGCCGGCAGCCGCCUCCUGUCUCCGGGACAGAGAAGCCGGUUCACCAAUGGAAGGACUCCGACCCGGUCAUUGCAGGGAUCCGAGAGGAAAUCGCCCACUUCCAGCAGGAGAUGGCGGAGCUGAAAGGCCGGACCGCCAAGGCCUCCUUCCUGGUCGGCACCGAGGAGGAGAAGAAGCUGCUGCGGGCCGAGGCCAACGCCCUGCACACCUUCCUCUUGGAGAUCAAGGAGACCACGGAGUCCCUCCACGGAGACAUCAGCCUCCUGAAGACCAACCUCUUGGAAGGCUUUGCGGGGGCCGAAGACGCCAAGGAGAAGGAGGAGCGGGCCCACAGCGCCGAGUACCUGCACCUCCUCUACAAGAAGCCCCUCGACCCCAAGAGCGAGGCCCAGCUCCAGGAAAUCCGGCGUCUGCACCAGUAUGUGAAGUUUGCCGUUCAGGACGUGAACGACGUUCUGGAUUUGGAGUGGGACCGACAUCUGGAGCAGCAGAAGAAGCAGAAGCGCCUGGUGGUCCCCGAGCGGGAGACCCUCUUCAGCGCCCUGACCAACAACCGGGAGAUCAUCAACCAGCAGCGGAAGCGGCUCCAGGGCCUGGUGGGGGGUCUUCAGGAGCUCCGCCUCUACAGCCGCACCCCCGCCUGGGGACGCCCGGGACCCCCCUCCCCACCCAGCAACGUCCAGAGCCUCGACAGCGAACUGGAGAGCCUGAGCAAUGCCUUGACCAAAGCCACUCUGGAACCUUCCGGCAAAAUGUUGCCGAAACCAGCCACCAAACUGUCGCCGGUGAAGCAGAUGCAACUGAGGAACUUCCUGUCGAAGCGGAAAGUGCCACCCGUGCGGUCGACCGCGCCAGCCAGCCUCUCCCAGUCGGCCUUCCUCUCCGUGAGGUUCGGGGACGACCUGGACGAGGUGAGCUCCACGUCGUCGGCUGCCGCCUCCCUCGAGAACGAAGAGCUCCGGGUCGGGGUGCCCGAGGAGGAGGAGGAGGAGGCGGAAGAGGAGGAAGCCGCAGAGGAGCCCGUGGCCCCGCUCCAGGCGCCCCCCCGCCACGCCCCCGUGGUCCGGACCCCCUCCGUCCAGCCCGGACUCAUGCCACAGCCCCUGGCCCUUGGCAAACCACAGAUCCCGGCCGGCGCUUUGGCCUCCACCCCCAAAGGCCUCCUUCCGACGGGGGCAGACAGCACCAUGUUGGCCACCAAGACGGUGAAGCACGGGGCCCCGGGACCCCUCCCGGCUCCUCAGGCCGCGGCCGAAGCAGCGCUCCGGAGGCAGAUGGCCAGCCAGGGACCGGCCGCUUCCUUGACGGAGUCGACGCUGAAGAACGUCCCGCAGGUGGUCAACGUGCGAGAGCUCAGGAACAACUCCGCUCCACCGGCUGUCGCGGCCGUCCUCGGCUCCUCGGUGCCUCAGUCGGCCGCUCAAGCCGUCCACCAAGUCCUGGCCACGGUGGCCACCAGUCAAGGCAGCCAGGGUCCUCUUCCUGGCGGUUCCAUCAAAGCGCAGCCUCCUCCCAGUUCAACUCCAGGCGCUGCCGUGGCCUCCACUGGUCAGACUGGGAAGAAGAACGCAGGGCCCGGAUCGGGGUCCGUGAAGGCCGUGGCCUCGUCGUCUCCCGCGCCGUCGGUCCCGUCCACAGCCGCCCAGUUCAACAAGCUGUUCUCCGCCUCCGCCUCCGCCUCCGGGUCUGUACUUUCCCUCCUUCAUCCGGAUUUCCUUCCCGUGCCAUCUGGAGCCCUGGUUAUGCCUGGAUUCAACUUUGCCGCCCCGGCCACAUCUGGCCCUACAUCUUUACCAGCCGCGACGAAAGAGCCGAGCCCGCCGGAUGCCUUUUCUCUUGCCGGGAGCAUGAAAUUCGGGACCUCCGGGGAAUCCUCCUUUGCUUUUGGGUCUGCCAAACCGGCCGCUCUUCCCGCCUCCUCCGUGGCCGGAAGCGGCUCCGGCGACCCUUGCCCCCCGACCACCGUGGCCGUGGCUCCCGCCCCUGUCGCCUCCACCCCGAACAAGGCGGAGAAGCAAGGCGAGCCCCUUCCUCAGGGCCUCCCGGUCAUCGGAGAAACCAUCGGGAGCUUCUCGGGCCUCCGGGUCGGUCCGGCGGAUGAGAAUCCCCCCAAAGCUCCUUCUAACGUCGCAAACACCGAGGUGACGGAAGUCAGCUCGGCCUCGCUUCCCGUCUUCGGCAACGUCCAGUUGGUGGGAACCGCCCCGGUUUCGGCCUUUGCGGGCAACGCCAAGUCCGCCUUCACGUUUGGGGUCCAAGCAGGCACGGCCCCGCCGGGGUCUGCGUCGAGCGGCCUCUCCUUCGGGAGCCUUUUGACUUCGGCCACGAUUAGCAAAGCGGAGGACGAGGCCGUUCCCGAGAAGCCGCUUCCCGGUGAGGCGACCCCGGAGGGACACGUGCCCCAAACGCUUUCGCCGGGGCCGGAUGCUCCCCCGGAGGUGCCCGCUUUGGUCGACCCCGAAGGCCCCGCCCCCGCCUCGGAGGCCCCCGAAGCCGCCACCACUUCUGCUCCGACGGACCCGAAGGCCCCCCCUCCGGUGGAAACGACCGCCACGUCUCUUCCGGCCACGGGGGCCUCUGCGUUCACAGCGCCUUCCAUCUUCGCGUCCGGACAACCCGCGACCGAUGCUCCGCCGCCCCCGCCGUCCCUCUUCGGCCAGAUCCCUGCGACAGCUACCACGACGGCGUCCUCGCUCUUUGUCCCACCAGCGUCUACGGCCGUUGUCACCACUCCUCCGACUGCGACCGGAUUUACAGCCUUCGGCACUGCCGGAUUCGGGCAGCCAUCAUUCGGUCAGACCCCUGCCUUCGGGCAGCCGGCCAGCACCUCCGCCAGCGGCUUUACUUUCAACCAGACCACCUUCGGGGCCGCCCCCGCUUUCGGCCAACCGGCCACCUCUUCGACUUCCAGCGGGCUUUUCGGGACUCCCUCCAGCACCAGCACCGUCAACUCCUUCUCGUUCGGCCAGCCGUCCUCUUCGUCGUCCUCCACGACGACGGGACUUUUUGGCCAAAGCGGGGGCCCUGCCUUCGGACAGAGCUCCACUUUCGGGCAGGCCGGCUCCGUCUUCGGGAGCGCCGCAACCACGCCAACCUCUUCGGCCGGGUUCAGCUUCUGCCAGGCCUCAGCUUUUGGUUCCAGCAGCACUGUCUUUGGACAAGCAGCCAACCCAAGCGGCGGCCUCUUCGGCCAGCAACCGGCACCCGGCGCGGGUCUCUUUGGGUCCGGCGGCGGCGGCGGACGAGGCGGGGGUUUCUUCAGCGGCCUGGGGGGGAAGCCCAGCCAGGAGGCGGCCAACAAGAACCCCUUCGGCGCCGGCGGAAGCGCCUUUGGCUCCUCGGCCACACAAAGCACCUCGAGCCUUUUUGGGAACAGCGGGGCCAAGGCCUUCGGGUUCGGGAGCCCUGCCGCCGCCGCCACGGCCGCCGCCGCCUCCUCCUUCGGUGAGCAGAAGCCCAUGGGGGCCGGCACCUUCAGCUCCGGAGCCGGGAGCGUGGCCGCCCAGGGAUUCGGGUUCUCCAGCCCCACCAAAGCAGGUGGCUUUGGCGCUGCUCCAGUGUUCGGCAGCCCUCCCACCUUUGGGGGCUCCCCCGGGGGGUUCGGAGGGGUGCCGGCAUUCGGUUCAGCCCCAGCCUUUGCAAGCCCUCUGGGCUCGACCGCAGGCAAAGUCUUCGGAGAGGGCACCGCCGCCGCCAGCGCCGGAGGAUUCGGCUUUGGCGGGACGGCCAACACGGCCUCUUUCGGCACCUUGGCCUCCCAGAACACCCCCACCUUCGGCUCCCUCUCCCAGCAGCCCACCGCAUUCGGAACCCAGAGUGGCGGAGGCGGCGGAUUCUCCGGCUUCGGGACCAACACAGGAGGAGGCUUCGGCUUUGGGUCCUCGAACACAUCCGCCUCCGGAUUCAGCGGAUGGAGAAGCUGAGCGUGUGCGGAGCACAACGUCUGUCUUUCGUCUUUUGUACAAACAGGAAACACACCCCAAGAGGCCUAUUUUUUUUUAACGGAGCGGACCCCGUCUUUCAAUAAAAUUAUUUUCUCUGUGUUGUUGCCUCCGGGCCUGCGAGGUCAGGUUUGUGACUCCAAAGCAAAGUGGGUUUUAUAAAAUAAGAAUAAAAAUCACCGGAACGCGGG